ACGAAAAAAUAUGACUUUUCUUGAGUUGGAGCAAUUUUGCGCUAUUGCUAGUAGCUUACUGAUCGUAUACGUAAGGCUCAAUCAGCGGGUCGAAUUUGUGCUUUUCGAAUUUAUCGUCGGUCAACUAAAUCUACAAUUGCAUUUCUAUUAUCAGAAACUUAAUCCAUUAGAAUCCAUUUUAUACACUUCAGUAAAUUAUUAAACUUUAUACUUAUCAGUAGACACACUUCUGUUAGCAUUCUUGUAAUACUCUUUAAUAUAGUACAGAGUAUAUCGACAAUUGAAGUAGUAGCUCAGCCAAGCAUGCUCACUAAUUGGAUACCUCCUCGAACUUUUGCUAAAAUGAACCAUUGUGACUAGUUGUGUCAUUUUAUAACUCCAAAGCAAGUUUGAAUGAAGCUAAUUGCUGCUCAUUCGAUAACGUUGGCAAGGAAGCAUUAUCUGCCCUAUAUCGUAAUGAAAACUGUUGAGAAGUCUCACUAACACCUAGUCUCUGAAAUAUCAUUGUUGUUGUUGUUGUUGUUGUAGCGGUUAUCUAUCCUUGCCUGAAAUGAAGAGCAUAAAUCUAGUUGUCGUCGAAAUCAUCUAACGGAAGGCCCAGGAAACGUGCUUUUUCGACAGGGUUGGACCAAUGGGAAAGGGGUGUUAGAUGAGGUGUAAGGGGUGUCUGAAAUAUCAUCGUUGUCAUGGAUGGUUGUAAUUGUUUUAGUUACCAAACAAGUUCCAACCUUAGCGGCGUCAACUUUUACUAGAACACCUCAAUUUACUUUAAUUGUGCUGUUGACCGUUUCAUUUGUCGCGUUUAUCUUCUUGACGCACCCCAUGUCUAACCACCACUACAAUGAACUUUGGCAUCAAACGCAUCAUGAAAUUGAUCUUCUGGCAGUUGCUGAUGAACAGCAAGGCCAGAAUUUCGAGACUGCACUUGCCGCAUUGGCAUCGACACUGCCCGAUGUAGAAGUUGUAACGGAGCCAAAGCGGCUCAUGCAAUCUACUGUUUUUGAGUUCUACUUACGUUACAUCGGUAUCGCCAAUCGACUGGAGGAUGUCUAUGACAAGAUGAUACAGCCACAAAAACGUCUCUUAGUGCGCAAACUACUCGAUAGUUGUUUGGGACGUGUUAUAGAACUCAAGCACGACCUCGUCAACAUUGAUCUAAUGGAGUUCAGUUACAAUGACGAAGUUGUCAUACAACUUCAAUUAACACCCGACGAUACCGAAUUGCAUAUACCGCGUUAUUUUCUACGAGAACGUCAUCAGGAGAUUGAACAACGCAAUCGUACCAUGCACGAAAUCCUUGUAAAAUUGGGUUGGCUGGAGGAGCAUCCCAGCGAUGAGAAGUUAACCGAAAUCGAAGCUAUAAGGCUAUUACAGAUGCAUGAGCGGGCGCGUCAGGGACGACUUAGAGCACAUUUCAUGAAGGAGAUACGAAUGUUAAAGGAUAAGGGUAAGACUGAGGAGAAGGGCAAGGAGCGCAGUGACUUGGGAUUAUUGGCAGCGAUGAAGAUCCAAAAAGUGUGGCGUGGUCAUACUGCGAGACGCAUUACCCGUCGACGCAAGCAAGAAGAAAUGAUUCUGAUUGGCAUGGUACCGCCCACGACAGCAAUGUUAAGGAAACGAAAUGAAAAGGAGGAAAAGUUAAAUGAGAUAUUUGAACGUCGCUAUGCAACACAAUCAGCUUACAAACAAAAGCUAGAGGCUUCUCUGAUCACCGUGCGUGAGGAAAUCAAAAGUAAGCAGGGCGCUGCAAUUACCGAGGACAUAACCGAUGAAUUACGAGCUUGGAUAAAGGAAUGCUAUGAAAAAACAGGAAAAUUGCCUGAAUUUCCAAGCGAAGAACAAGGAGGAUCACUGCAUAUUUUCAGUCGACCAGGCACAGAAAGUGAGCUAAGUCGUUCCUCGGCGCGUUCUUCGAAGGAGUCACGCAAAACAAAAGACAAAUCGAAAUCCCCGGCUCGUAGCGGCGAUUUAAAUUUUAAUGAUACUCAAGCGGAGGGGGAGAACUUUCAUCCGGGACAAUCUUUGUUUCUCGCAGAUAUAAAAUCUGUAAUUGAAGAGUUCAAUGAUGUUUGGCGUAACAAAGAUGAAAGCGGAAAUUUCUCACAAUCACAAUACGAUGAUAUGAUUUACAACGAGAAGUAUUUAGAAAUAGAGUUAGAAUGUCGGCGCACUGUAGAUGAGCUAAUGCGCCAGGAGUUGGAAUUGCUACAGACUGCUAUAGGCAAAAAAGCCAAAAAGAGCAGCAAAAAGACACGACGCUCAGGUAAAAAAAGUAAAAAGAAAAAGGAAAAAGAUCUGACACCCGAUCGUACGACUGAAUCCCUUUACGAAGAGUUGGUAACUAAUGGCAUUAUACGCAAAUACCCAGAAGUCCGUCUCAGUCAAUAUAUAGGCGACAAGGCAUUGAGUGAACGUUCCGGUACGAAUCCAUCCGCUGGAGACAUCCGCCAGGUUCUCAUCGAAUAUUGUGUACUGCCACUGGGUUCAGAGGCUAUACGCAAUUCUUGUCCACUUAUACGCUCGAUUUUGUUAGCCGGUCCACGAGGUUCUGGCAAGAAAGCGCUUCUACAUGCCAUCUGCACUGAAGUCGGUGCUGUACUAUUUGAUCUAACACCCGCCAAUAUUGUGGGCAAAUAUCCUGGAAAAUCCGGUCUAAUAAUGCUCAUACAUUUGGUUUCGAAAGUAUCGCGUUUACUGCAACCAGCGGUCAUAUAUAUGGGCGACGCAGAACGACCAUUCAUGAAAAAGGUGCCGAAAACGGAUCGUACAGAUCCGAAGCGUUUGAAGAAAGAUUUACCUCGUUUAAUAAAGACUAUUGCACCAGAGGAUCGUGUACUCUUCGUGGGUACCUCGAAUUUACCCUGGGAAGCAGAUCAAAAACUACUGCAACAGACUUACAAUCGUUUCAUUUAUAUUCCCCGACCUGAUUAUGGCGCACGAUCGAGCGCUUGGAAGACGCUAGCGAACGAGUAUACAGGCGGUUUAUCUACUUUGGAUUACAGUGUAAUGGCGAAAAUCUCCGAUGGCUAUACUAUUGGCGCUAUUGAUUCAUGCCUGAAGGAAGUCUUAACUUGUAAGCGCAAGCUCCAACUUCGUACGCAACCACUUACACAUGCCGAAAUAAUAAACGCUCUGAGUACGCGUGACCCAGUUUACCGCGAAGAGGAAGAAGCCUUUGACAAUUGGUGGUCUAAAACACCACUUGGUCGCCGCUAUGAACGUGCGUUAGAAAUGGAGGAAGAAGCGCGUUUGGAAGAAGAGGAGAAGAAUGCCAAACAAAGCAGUAAUGGAAAGAAAAAGUAAAGAAGGAAAAUAUAUGAAAUACUUCUAAAAACUUGAAAUUAUAAUGUAAUCACCCAACUAUUUAUAUAAAGUUAUAUUAAUUUAUUUACUUUUUAUUUAAGCUUAAAUGUGAACUCCUUAUUACCACUCUUGCAAUUGAUUUCUUUAAUGAAUAAAUUUAAUGCAUUGCUUUCAUCCAUACCAACUUUUAUAGCCGACUCUAGAGUAUGCAAGUAUUCAUUUAACACUGAGACUUUAUCGCCAAGACACCACAAAAAACUAAUGUGGAAUGACGGUUUCUACGAAAGUAAAUUGGUUAUUAUAUGACCACUCCAUUAAAUACACACUUACUUCAUAGAAGCGUUGUAGUCUGUAUUCUGUCAUUACAACAUCCACUUUUUCCAUUAGUUUAUGAACUUUAUCGUAGUGCAUAUUAUCAACUUUAAGUGCUAUAAACGUUCGAGUACGUUCAUCGUUAGUGUAAAUGUGUAAAUGCCGCAAACUGAUAGAAAAUCUUAAAUAAGAAAUAUUAAGAUAAGCUUGUUUCAAAUUAAUUCAUUUAGACUUCA